GACGAAAGAGGAGGAAGAGAGGAAACAGACGACGAAAGAGGAAGAGACAAAACAGACGACGAAAGAGGAGGAAGAGACAAAACGGACGAUAAACGGGGAAUAAUCGUGAAAUUCGAUAACCUGACCUCCAUCCCCCGCACGAAUUCCUGCUCUGACCUCCCCGCCCACGUGACCCGGGAGGAGGAGAGGUCAAACGAGGUCAAAAUCCCUCGCCGGCACCGCAGCUUCCACGAAAGGGGAUUGGCCAAUCACAGCGCAGGACGGCGCCGGCGGCCUCAGCCAAUCAGCGUCGACCUCGCCGAGCAGUUCGUCACGCAAGAAGGGCUCAAGUCCCCCGUCUUGGCCAAUCAGAGCGCGGGACGGUUUGAAUUGGCCAAUCAGAGCGCAGGACAGUUUGAAUUGGCCAAUCAGAGCGCAGGAACGGUUUGAAUUGGCCAAUCAGAGCGUAGAACGGUUUGAAUUGGCCAAUCAGAGCGCAGGACGGGAGGGAUUGGCCAAUCAGAGAGAGAUUGGGUUGGUGCUGGCCAAUAGGAACGCAGAGCUGAUGGAUCUGGCCAAUCAGCAACCAGAACAGGUGCAGCUGACCAAUCAGCGCCCAGGAGAGGCGGAAUUGACCAAUCAGACCUCAGAAUUAUUAACCAGUCAGCUUGAGGAGAUUCUGACCUAUCAGCAAAGGGACUUGGAGAUACUGGCCAAUCAGGAGGAAUCUAUCGGCGUCUGGGCCAAUCAGAGCGCAGAAGAGGAGGUCUUCGAAAUCAUAGCCAAUAGAUACGCAGGUGAGGAGCCAUCAGCCAAUCACAGCUCCGAUAGCCAUCUUCACCUCGAUGACGUCACCCAUCCGCCCAAUCAGACCACGAUGCGCGAUUUCAAAUCCGAACGGACCAAUGGCGAGCCCCCGGGCGGUCAAACUAUGACGUCACCCCGUCGUGACGUCACGGAUAUUAAUAGCUGUACCCACCCUUGGCACUCCCCUCAGUUACCCACUGACCGGCGCGGCGAGAGGACCUACGCCGCCGCCGCUCCCGCAGUGCCCACGCGUACCCCCAGUGCCCCGGACAGUGCCACGCCCGAAACCAUGCCCAAGGAGGCGCCGCCCACGCCCACCCGGGUCAAGACGCGGUCGUACGGGCGUGUGGAAGUGUACGUAGCCAAGGUAGGGGGCGACAUACCCCAAACCGGGGCACCCAAUGCCCUCCCAGUGCCACAUCACGUGACCUUCUGCCCCUCCGUGAAGCAAGUCAACUGGAGGGAAAGUUAUUUCGACGAAGAAGGGGAAGAGGAGGAGGAGCAGAUAAAAGGGGAACAGGAGGAGGAGGAGAUAAGAGAAGGGGAAGAGGAGGAGGAGGAGGAGGAGAUAAAAGAAGGGGAAGAGGAAAAGAAGAUAAAAGGGGAAGAGGAGGAGAGAGGAGAAGGAGAAGAGGAGGAAGAGAAGGCAAAAGAAGGAGAAGGAAGGAGAGAAAACGGAGGAGGAAGAGGAAGAGGAGGAGAGGCGAUAACGAGAGUAAAGAUCGUGGAAAGCAGAAGUCCGAGGAUCCAGAGGGUCGCUCCCCGGGACACGCCCCUUUUUGCACAGGCCACGCCCCUUUCUGCACGGGACACGCCCCUUUCUGCACAGGCUCCGCCCCUUUCUGCACAGGCCACGCCCCUUUCUGCACAGACCACGCCCUCAUCAUCACAAACCACGCCCCUCUCGACCCAAGCCCCGCCCCCUGCAGCCCAAGCCCCGCCCACCAUCUGGCAGCGCCUGAAGCCCUCCCGCGGGGGCGUGGCCAAGCCCAAAAUCCCGCCCAAGCCGAAAUCCCUGACCUGCUCCUCCCCUCCGUCGUCCCCCGAGGUCAGGAGGCCAGGCCACGCCCUCCUCCGCUGGGGCAGCAAGAGGAGAGCCAAUCAGAGCAAAGGACGCGAGGUCGUCCCCGCCUCCUCCGCUCCGUCGACCAGUGAGAGGGCUUCCCCGCGUGACGUCAUCGAUUUUCCGCGCGAGGGGAAUUCCUCGACCAAUCAGAGGGUUGCCUCGGGUGACGUCAUCGAUUUUCCGCAGGAGGAGAAUUUCUCGUCCAAUCAGAGGGCUUCCCCGCAUGACGUCAUCGAUUCUCCCAGUGACGUGGUCGAUUCGUCAUCGUCGUCGUCAUGUUAUGACGUCACAUCUUCCUUGACCAAUGAGGUUUUGGCGUCGCUUAGUGACGUCACAUCUUCCCCACGGGACGUCUCACCCUCGCCACGUGACGUCACACCCUCGCCACGUGACGUCACACCCUCGCCACGUGACGUCACAUCUUCCCCACGCGACGUCACAUCUUCCCCACGCGACGUCACAUCUUCCCCGAGUGACGUCACACCCUCGCCACGCGACGUAACUUCUUCCCCACGUGACGUCACACCUUCCCCACGUGACGUCACGAGCCUGCCACCCCUGCCGCCACAGCGCCCGAUGUCCUACCACAUCCAGAGGGCCAAAUUGGUGAACGCGAGACGGCAAUACUUCUCGAGGUCGGCCAGCUUGACCUCGAGUGUGACCCCAGAAACCUCGCCCUCGAACUUGAUCUCGAGUGUGACCUCAGCGACCUCGCCCUCGAACUUGACCUCGAGUGUGACCUCAGCGACCUCGCCCGAAGUCAACGGAAGUCACGACGAGGAGAGAUCGAAUCCCUCGACGUCUCCGGAAGCGGAGAGGUCGAGGAUCAGCUCGAAGAUCAGCUCCUCCUCGACCUCCUCCCUGACCUCCCACGGCCCGAGGUCGUCCUUGACCUCAACCUCGUCCUCAACAUCACCUCCAACCUCCUCCUCGACAUCACCUCCAACCUCGUCCUCGACCUCACCUCCGACCUCGUCCUCGACCUCGGACGCCCUGAGGUCGAGGCUCAGCGCCUUCUACUCGAGCACGAGGUCCGCGCGCGCGCGCCUGGCCGCCAGCACACCCAAUCUGGGGUCGAGUCUGCGCGGUGGAGGCGACGCCACUAUUGAUCCUUGGAGUGUGAGGCGAGGAGGGGGGGGAGAGGGGGGAGGAGGAGGAGAGGGAGAGGGGAGGAGGGAGGAGGGGAGGGGUGGAGGAGGGGGCGUGUACCCCCUCCCUCCCUCGCUCAGGCAGUGUGUGCCAUGCCGCGUCGGGAGGAAGACCACCCUCGCUUGGCCCUCAGCAAACCACCUCCCUCUCGAGUGCCACUCACCACACCGCCUCCCACUCGAGUGCCGCUCACCACACCGCCUCCCACUCGAGUGCCGCUCACCACACCGCCUCCCACUCGAGUGCCGCCCGUCCUCCCACUCCCCACGGCGGGGCCCGCGCCUCGAGGACCACCCUCCCCUUGCUCGAGACCGACCUAGACACCGGCGUCUCGAGCCAAUGGCUCUACCUGCCCGAGACCGACCUUGACUCUUUCCACCGCGACCUCAACCUCCUCCUCGAGGGGAUUCCGCUCCCCAGGGGGGUCGCCAAGAGGGCCAAGUCCCUGCUCCACCUCGAGGGAGGCGAAGGGCGGUCGAGGGAGACCAUGGAGGAUGACAUGGGCGCCCACAUCCGCCCGCAUGAGGAUUCCAGGGCAAAAAGUAUGGAAUUUCUCCUUUGCGAAGAUAACAAAGUGGCUGUGCAGGUGAGUUACCCCUUAAAUUUUUUUUUUAAUUCCCGUUUUCUUCGAUUAAUUAG